GCUGACCCAGAAAAGUACAAUUUUCCCCUCUGCAGAACCCAGAGCCGAAGUCUCGCGGUGCUUCGCGUGCUCUCGCUCCGUCUCCACGAAAAAAGCGAGGGGAGCGGCGGGGAUCGCGUCGCAGGCUCCGUUGACGCGGCGCUGGACACAAAGCAGGUUGGCUCCGUCUGCUGCUGCUGCUGCACGGAGCCCAGCUGAGACUCAGCCCAUCAGCGGCCACUCGCUCCUGCAGUGCACCAACAUCAUGAGCCCCAUCCUGCCGCACUUUCUGCUAUAACUGCCGUCUACUUAUCGCCAUGGUGACAGAAAGCUCCUGGACUUGGACUCCGUUGCCAUAGUGACCCCGUAACAAGAAUCAGAUAACUUCCAAUCUGUUGCCCCGGUGAUCCAGGUGACCCUUUCAAUCUGUUGCCAUAGCAAUGCUGUAGAGACGCCCGCACAGUUCUAUGGUUACUAUGGUGAUGCUGUAGCAAAGCAACAGUCGCCAUGGGAACGUCCAGGAUGUUCCGCAUUUUUGUCAUCCUGGGUUCUGCCUUCAUGAUCCUCCUGAUCAUCCUGUACUGGGACGACGUCGCCCCCUCUCACCUGUACCUGCACCCUCCCGUCUCACCGGGCCCGAAGAUCCCGCAUCCGCCCCACCCACCGGCCCAGCAGCGGCCUCACACCUCCCGAACCCCGUCCUUCCUGUCAGACAUCGAUGCCUUCGUCAACCAGUUCCUGGAGCCUGGAACCGGCGAGCCCACGGACCCCGUCCCCGUGGACUCCAGCAACCAGUCGGAGAAAGCAGAGGAGCGGUACAUCCCACGACGGGAGUGGAAGAUUCACCUGAGUCCAGUGGCUGCGGAGCUCCGUGAGCGACAGGAGCAGCGGCGGCGGCUGCUCCAGGAGAUGUGCGCCAACGACAGCCUGGCGUUUCCUGGCAAGAACCGCUCGUUCGACGACAUCCCCAACAAGGAGCUGGAUCACCUCAUCGUGGACGACAGACACGGCAUCAUCUACUGCUACGUCCCCAAGGUGGCCUGCAGCAACUGGAAGCGCAUCAUGAUCGUCCUCAGUGAGAGCCUGCUGCACGACGGGGUCCCGCAGAGAGACCCGCUGGCCGUGCCCCGGGACCUGGUCCACAACAACAGCAUGCACUUCACCUUCAACAAGUUCUGGAAACGCUACGGCAAGUUUGCAAAGCACCUCAUGAAGGUGAAACUGAAGAAAUACACCAAGUUCCUGUUCGUGCGUGACCCGUUCGUGCGCCUCAUCUCCGCCUACCGCAACAAGUUCGAGAUGCGCAACGAGGACUUCUACCGGCGCUUCGCUCAGGUGAUGCUGCGCCGCUACGCCCACCAGCCCACGCCGCCCGCCUCCGUGGACGCGGCCGCGGCCGCCGGCCUCACGCCCACCUUCUCCCACUUCGUCCAGUACCUGCUGGACCCGGACACGGAGCGGGAGCUGCCCUUCAACGAGCACUGGCGCCAGGUGUACCGGCUGUGCCACCCGUGCCAGAUCGACUACGACUUCGUGGGCCACCUGGAGACGGCGGAGGAGGACGCCGAGCACCUGCUGCGGCAGCUGCGGGUGGACAACGUGGUGGAGUUCCCCACCUCCAACAGGAACCUGACGGCCAGCAGCUGGGAGGCGGACUGGUUCGGCACCGUGCCCGUGGAGGCGCGGAGGCAGCUCUACAAGCUGUACGAGCCCGACUUCAGGCUUUUUGGCUACGAGCGACCGGACUCCGUCCUCCACGGCUGACCCGCGCCUGCGCCGUCGGGUCCGGGCUGCGCACACGUCUCGUCCACGCUACACCGAAUGUGCACAUCAGGAAGGAAGCACACGGCAGAAGAGAAACAGCCAUCGUUCAUCAUUUGUUGCUUUAUCAAAACGUAAAGAGAAGCACAGAAGCGUCUGAGGAACAGCGGACUGUUCUCACGACGUCGUAUCAGAACUGAUGAGCGGAACCCAGAUGGAGGUUCUGCUGAGUCCGUGUACAUGUGGUGUUUGUCCUCCAUGCAGUGUUUUGCACCUGACGGUCACACAGGCCUCGUAGCAGGAUGUUGUGUUCUAGCAUUAGCACUGCGGCAUUAGCCAUCAGCUAAUUUAUUCAAAUGGUGUAAUGUGCAAUGUUUGUUGAAGCAUGAAAGGGAUUUUUACGGUGAACACAGGAAUCCUUUAUACCUCGUUUCCAACUCACAGCAUCACGUCAUCACCUUUUCUUAUCUCCACAUUAACACUGGGCUUCGCUGGGUCGCGUCUCCCCCUCGGCCACAACGGGAGCAUUCGUUUCUUACCCGUUAAGGGCAGAUGCAGCUUUGUAGCGAAGGCGCUGAGGAAACACAAGGUGUUUGAUGCGGCCGCGCUGCUGUGAAGACGUGGACCGAGCUGGAGCGACGCCAGCGCCCCCAGAGUUUCCAAUAAAGGUUUUUUGGGUGUCGCGUGGGAGGAGGUGAUAGUGCCUUUGGUUGCAAAUGUUUACACAGCAAAAGAGUAUUUUUGUAGCAGGACUUACUUCUUUCUUAGGACUAGUGCAGUAGAGGACAAGGCUUCUGACUCACUUGGCCUCGUGCGUGUUGUGUGGUUGUUUGUGACAGGAAGUGGACCGGGUCUGGACACAAUCAGUGCUGCAGCGGCUCCGUGUCUCUUUGCCCUCGCCUUCGAGUGUGGGGCGCUUUCUAAGGCGUCUGAUCCAAACGCUGACUCGCCUGAAUGGGAUGCAGUUGUCUAACAUGCGUCCCACGCUGGUCUAGUUAAUCAUGUGUUACCAUUAAUGUUUCAUGAGCGUUUUCUUUUAUUCCAAGUGCAAAAAACCCGACUGAGAUGGACGAAGGUUUCUUUCUUGACUCCAACCUUGGACGUGCAGCCUCGUGUGGGGGCUGAUUCUCAGUGAGCCUUUGCUGAGUGUCCUUUGGCUGCUGAUGUGCAUAUUAAUGUCAUGUUCACCGCAUUUACGCGAGGAAGCUGCAGGUUUAUGCAGAGACGAGCACGUAGCUUCCAGCCCUCUGUCGCUUCAAACGCAGCCCAGGUUGGAGCGGGAGGCUCCGCACGAGCUGCUCCGCUCCCGCUCUCGUUCUAGUGAAAAUGCAAAGCACUCGUUCAGUGUUAUCAGCGUUAUGGAGUCAUGCAUCAUCUGGACUCCACGUGAGAGAAACACAGAGCCGCCGCAUUAGCAUAUUAUCAGAUGUCUCUCCCAGAAUAUUGCGUCCUGGGAUCGUCUCAUCAGCGUGAAGCAGAGCAGCUUCUGAGCAGCGAUGGUUUUCUGUCCUACUGGUCCGAGCUGCUUCGUUUACGAUCCUUCCCAUCCAUAAUCAUGACAGUAGCCCCCGACUCCUCCCGUGUCAGUAUAAACAACAUCUGCUCAGUUUUACUGGCUUAUUUUAAUAUUUUUUGCAGAUCUGAUUGUUGGGUUGACAUGAAAUGAAAAUAAAACAUUUUUAUUAAAAUACA